GUUCUUCCUUUGCUAAAUUGUGAGCCGAAAGAGGAAGCUGGAACGGUUUGACAGGUUGCUGCAAAGAUACCACAUGGAAAGAUGAGUGUCCCUGACUACAUGCAAUGUGCAGAGGACCACCAAUCAGUGCUCGUGGUGGUUCAGCCAGUCGGCAACGUCCCCGAGGACCAGUUCUUCAGGAUCUACAAGCGCAUCUCCAGCGUGAGCCAAGUGAGCAUCAGAGACUCACAGCGCCUCCUCUACAUCCGCUACCGCCACCACUACUUGUCCGAAAACAACGAAUGGGGCGACUUCCAGACGCACCGCAAAGUGGUGGGCCUCAUCGCCAUCACCACCUGCACUUCCUCCAAGGACUGGCCCCUGACGGCUGAGCACUUCCACGGCCAGAAGGAAGUAUACAGCGCCACCCUCUACGACUCUAGGUUGCUGGUGUUCGGGCUGCAGGGGGAGAUUGCAGAGCAGCAGAGGACAGACGUGGCCUUCUAUCCCAGCUUUGAAGACUGCUCUGAUGUGGAGAAGAGAGUGGAGGACUUUGUGGAGUCCAUAUUUAUUGUUCUGGAGUCCAAGCGGCUUGACCGUGCCACUGACAAGUCCGGGGACAAGAUUCCUCUGCUUUGUGUGCCCUUUGAGAAGAAGGACUUUGUGGGUUUGGACACUGACAGCAGUCCUGUGAGUUUAUUGUUGGGUGCAAAAAGGCAUUAUAAGAAGCGCUGCCAGGGACGGAUGAGGAAGCACGUGGGCGACUUGUGUCUCCAAGCGGGCAUGCUGCAGGACGCCCUGGUUCACUACCACAUGGCCGUGGAGCUGCUCAGGGCUGUUAAUGACUUCCUCUGGCUGGGGGCUGCCUUGGAGGGCUUGUGUUCGGCGUCUGUCAUAUUCCACUAUCCCGGAGGCACCGCCGGGAAGACGCUAACACACAAGACAAGUAUCUCCCAGCCGGCAGAUGCGGGGAAACGUCACAGACCGGGAGCUCAGGAGGUUCUCAUUGACCCAGGCGCCCUCACGGCCAACGGCAUCAGCGCCGACACCAGUACCGAGAUUGGACGAGCGAAGAACUGCCUGAGCCCGGAAGAUAUCAUCGAGAAAUACAAAGAGGCCAUCUCAUAUUAUGGAAAGUAUAAGAAUGCAGGCGUCAUCGAGCUGGAGGCCUGCGUGAAGGCAGUGCGGGUGCUGGCCAUUCAGAAGAGGGCCAGAGAGGCCUCGGAGUUCCUGCAGAAUGCCGUUUAUAUCAACUUGGGACAGCUAUCCGAAGAGGAGAAGAUCCAGCGCUACAGCAUCUUGUCUGAGCUGUACGAACUGAUCGGCUUUCGGCGCAAGUCAGCGUUUUUCAAGCGUGUCGCCGCCAUGCAGUGCGUGGCGCCCACCAUCCCUGAGCCUGGCUGGAGGGCCUGCUACAAGCUUCUCCUGGAGACGCUCCCUGGAUACAGUCUGUCCCUGGACCCCAAGGACUUCAGUAAAGGCACGCACCGGGGCUGGGCUGCCGUUCAAAUGCGUCUCCUGCACGAGCUGGUGUAUGCCUCCCGCCGCAUGGGCAACCCCGGCCUCUCUGUACGCCACCUGUCCUUUCUGCUGCAGACCAUGCUGGACUUCCUGUCUGAUCAAGAGAAGAAAGAAGUGACCCAGAGUCUGGAAAACUACACCUCCAAGUGCCCGGGUGGAAUGGAGGUCAUCACCUUACCGGAUGGCCUGAAGCUGCCCGCUGUGCCCUUUACAAAGCUCCCUAUUGUACGGUCAGUGAAGCUUCUGAACCUCCCCGUCAGCUUGCGUCCCCACAAAGUGAAAGGCCUGCUUGGUCCCAACGUGUCCACCGCCAGCCCCUUCAUCUACUCGCCCAUCGUCAUGCACAACAGAGGAGAGGAGCGCUGCAAGAAGAUCGACUUCCAGUGGGUUCAAGGAGAUGUUUGUGAGGUGCAGCUCAUGGUCUACAACCCCAUGCCGUAUGAACUUCGAGUGGAGAAUGUGGGUUUAAUGACAUCUGGAGUCGAGUUUGAGUCCCUCCCCGCUGCGCUGUCCCUGCCCGCAGAAUCUGGCCUCUACCCUGUCACUCUGGUGGGUGUCCCACGAACCGCCGGCAACAUCACCGUCAAAGGCUAUCACACCUCAGUGUUUGGCGUAAGCAGCGAUUGCCUGCUGGAGGGUCUACCGGGCGUGAAAACGGACGGAUGCCUGGUGGAGGUCAUUCCCUCGCUUCCUCGCCUGCAGCUCAGCACAUCACUGCCACGGACGGCACACACACCUCAGCCAAUGUCCAAAGAGGAGCUGUCCAGCACCGUGUCUGUCCAGCUAUUCAACGGCGAGAGCCAGCAAAUGACCAUCACCUUGGAGAAUAUCGGCUCUGUGGACAUCGAGAGCCUGGAACUCACCUCCAAGAUCGUUGGCACCAAAGAGAAAGUGUUUGGAGACUUUCUAAGCUGGGAUCUGGAGGAGGCCAUGUCUCACAUGCCUCUAAAGUCGGGCCAGGCAGUCACGGUGACAGUUGGCAUUCAUGUCAAAUUGGACUUCUCGGGCCAGGAGAACCUGUUGCAGGACCUCAACGACGAUGGAAUCAGUCUGACAGGCCUGCCAAUCUCCAGUCCUUUGCGUCAAGUCCUCAAGCCCAGGCCCGAAAGCAAACCUGUCAGCGGCGAGUCCGGCAAGGGGGAGUACAGUCAUGUUAAGACUUUAGAGGCAGUCCUGAACUUCAAGUACUCCGGAGGAGCAGGCAAAGUGGAGGGCUACUACAGGGAGCUGUCUGUCGGGGUCCACGUUGAUGUGGAGCCUUCUGUGUUCUUCACCAGAGUCAGCACCCUCCCGGCUACCAGCACCCGUCAGUGUCACCUGCUGCUCGACAUCUUCAACCCCACAGAGCAUGAGCUCACCGUCAGCGCCAAGAACAACCAGGACCUGGUUCUCCAUGCCAGCGAGUGCCAAAGGAUGGCCAUCCAGGUUGACAAGUUUGACUUUGAGAGCCUGCCCCUGCCCGACCAGGAGACAAUACGCUUCACUAACCCCAAACAGCUGGAGGAGGAGCGGCAGCACGCUCAGGGCUGUCAGAUCAACAGCAAGCUGGGCAUCUGUUGGAGCAUCCCUUCUCUGCGGCGCCAUGGCGAGGCCAGCGUGGAGGGAGUCCUUAACCAGCUGGUCCUGGAGCACCUGCAGCUGGCGCCCCUGCAAUGGGACGUGUUGGUCAACGGGAAGCCGUGCGACUGUGACGUGAUGGCCGACUGCCGAGUGGGCGACGCCGUGUCCUUGGAGAUCAAGCUGACCAACUUGAGCAAGAACUCGGUGGGGCCCCUGGCGCUGACCGUGGUGCCCUAUCAGGACUACCAGAACGGGGUUCAGAACUACGACCUGGGCGAGGCCGUGACUUUCAUCGGGUCCAACACCUUCUGCAUCGACACGGUCAAACCCAAAGACAACUCGGUCUGCACGGGCGCGCUGCUCUUCCUGUACACCGGAGAUUUCUACCUUAAUAUCAAGUUUCAAGACGACAGCGCUGGACGAGAGCUGCCCUUGGCUUGGUUCACUCUGCCCAGCGUCCACAUCAGAACACUGGACACUCUUCUACAGGCUGCAGCCUGAAGGGGCUUAGUUUACUGUUAAUCAUGUAAAUGUCUUUUUAACAAUAGUAGCUAGGCAACUAACCUGCCGAGCUACAUUUAGUCCAUAGCGCGGAUGCCCACGAUAAGCAUGUAAGUUAUUUCCGUCCCUACUGAAAUACAGAUAAUAUGACUCAUUAUGUGACAUUUAAAUGUUGUAAAUAAAAAUUAAAAAAAAAAAAAAAAAAUCAUCACCAACAGUCUUCUGUUGUCAUCGGCUUUUGUGUCGUGCAGGUGUACCUAAUGUUGUGUCUGGACAGUGUAUGAUCUCUUCACUUGGCAGGAGUAGGAUGGGAUAGUGCACAAGCUCCCCAAGGUGUUACAUCUUGUUGCAGCAGCAAAGAGGCACACGGAGGGGAUUUGGACACACCGUUCUUUCACAUGUAAGUGUGGAAAUGUGAGCAUUACCGAGCAUUUGCACCCUUUUCCAGCAUUAUUGAGUCAUUGUGGGUACAUUUUAAUGCACUGGGAAGUUGACGGAUUCCAUGAUGCCGUCCUUGAUGUUUCUAUUUUACAGAAACAUUGCUGGAGAAGAUGGCGUUAUGAAGAAAAACACGAGAAAAUGAACUGCAGCAUAGAAAAUGGAUGGUAAUCCAUUCACUUCAUGUCUACAUGAUGCCCGUGUGGGUCCCCUUUAUCAAGACACAGAAGGCCAAAAAGCCUUUUCAAUAGGGUGUCACAAGACGAGGCGAGAGUUUUGAGAUAUUACAAUCUACUCAUUUAAUUUCUACUACGCUACACUCUUGUGCACUCUGUGUAUGCUAGCAAAGUGUCAAAGUGAAAGUUCUGCUUGAAAUGUACCUUUUCACAAAAAGCUGCUUUUCUUCCUUUUCCAGUUGGGAACUGAUAUUUUCCUGAAACUUACCUUUGUUCUACUGCUGAUUACUAAGGAACGGAAAAAGGUAGAAACAAACUUUUUUUUUCUGAUGAAAGACGACAGUCUAAUUGUUCUUUUGAUAGGUUCUACAUUUAUAUCACCUUAGAACACAAUAUUCUGUGUCGUCUAAAAUGGCCGGUACGCUUUUAAAAAAGACAGCAACAGGAAGUUACACACUUAUGCUUAGGGGGUUUGGCGGGUUGAAAAAAAUUGGCAUCCACACAUAUCGGAUUUGUAAACAGUUGCAUCACUGGGUGAAAACAAUGUAAUGCACAAGGCACACCUUCGUGUGGCGCUGUAAGCAGGCAUGCAGACGGAACCACGUGACACACCAAACCGUAGAAGAAGAUAGAACGCAUGUGCAUAAGUCGGUCGUCGUGCUUUCCAAGGCUCAUCUAGACGUAUGAGAAGCAGAAUUACUUCUGCGAGUCAUUUUGGAGUCUAAGACAACAAAAUAUGAGGAGACUGUCGACUGGGGUGAGUCAUGUCAGUCGAAAUAUUCAGAUACAGCAUUGUGUUGGCUUGCCGUCAAAGCUCGUUUCUGGUCACGUGACCGCAACGGGUUGCUGACGCCAUGUCUACACGGAAACAACAAGCCAGGGUUUUCAGAUUUUCUCUGUUUUAAAAAAAACAAACAAAAAACACCGUUUCAGGGCACCCAGAACGCUGUUUGCGUGUGGAUGAAAGGCUGAAACAAUAACAUACGUUGUCCCUAUACCUCCUAUAUUUUGUCUUUAAUCUUUAAAUGAAUUUUCCUCCCCAUAUUUUUUUGUUGCUAGGCAGAAUUUAUUUGUCCCCAAAGUUCAACUGGUUAUGCCUCACACUGCAGAGAAAGGACAAGGAGAGUUGACAGCAACAGGAAGUCACACACGUUUGCUUUGAUUACGUUUUUCGUUUCAUUGUUUUUUUAAUUCAUUUGUUUUGCUAGGUAGCAUGCCCUGCAGGAUAAGGGCAGGGAAAGUUGGCAGGAGCAGGAAGUGACACACUAACAGAAACGUCUUUGGUAUUAUAUACCUGUAAACAUGUAUUUCUCAGAAAAGCUCAUUUACGUAGUAAAAAAAAAGCAGCUUUUUUCACCACAUGGCUCUCUGUCCGAUCAGGUGAGCGCUGCAUCGCUUAGUUCUCAUGCGGAAAAUUCCCCCCUUUUGCAUCUUUUCCUCUGUGGUGUGAUUGGCAGAAGUAGAAAAGGCGCUCUUUGGUUGCACUAGUAAUAGGAGGAGCGUGUUAAAAAGAGCUGUUGGAGAGCAAAUGUCUUUUACUUAAUAGCAAUGACAUCCCGGAGCUCUACUGAACACGCUGCAGCGCGCCUCCACAUGAAAACAUUCAUGCAAAUGAACGUGCAUAGGAGGGCCGGAGUCCAAUUAAACCCCGCUUUUUCUUUUCUGUGCUUUUCUAGUUCUAAGUCACGUCCAUUCAUGAAGUCUCACCUUGCACCUUGAUAUGUAAAUGAUGCCACACAGCG